AUGCACUCCGAGCCCACUGCCGUAUCAGAAAAGACAUCUUUCCGUGAUUCACCCCCCUCGAAUCUUAGUUUUACCCAGCAUGGAAAUGAUCCUGAAGUCGGCCCAGUCUCUGGUCUUCUCCAAGAAGAGAAGUCUGGAGACUCGGCAGUGCCGGACUUGGCGGCUCUCGCAGAGAACUACGCGCCCUUGAGCGAUGUAGGCGAUGCGGCUUCAACCCCGCCCUCGGCCCAACGGGUGAGCGAGUAUGAGAAUGCUGGGACUUCAGGAAGGAAAUGUGCAGAGCUUGGAUCUUCGAUUCUGACCAGUCGUCACUCUCAAAUUCCACUGGAAACACUACCAAAUGAGGUUCUUACCCACAUCUUGUCGCAUUUGCCCCCGCAAUCUCUCUCGGCGAUCACCUUGGUAUCUCAUCGGUUCCAUGCACUCGUGACGACCCCACAUGCCUGGAGGAUCGCCUUCUCUCGUUUCUUCCCAGGCCCCCAAAGCCUGGUGGAUGCGCACCUGGCCAACCAAGAUGAUUUGGCUUCGGAUAGACGGUAUUUCGCGCGGCUGACGGCGCUCGCAUCCUGGCGCAGUGAGUAUAUUCUACGUACACGUCUGAUGCGAUCGUUGUCGCGAGGCAAACCCGCGGAUUUCCAGCCAUCUAAAAAGCAGGGCACCGUUCGCACGACAACCGCGCGUAAUGGUAGUGCUGUCGCAACCUAUACUUCGCAGUUGGUGCUCCCAGUGAGCCAUAUCCAUGGAUCCUUCAACACUUCCAAAAAGGAACCGAGUUUCAUCCAUGGCUCAUCUGAGCAGGGCAUCGCCUCGUCCAGUAACCCGUCCAAUGUGAAAGUGGGCACUUGGGGAUUGUCAGAUCACCAGAUGUUCCGGCACUUUGCCGACAUGUUUCCUGGAGAUGCACCGUAUGGUCUUGGGGCUGGGGAUAUGGUCGGCACCUCCAAUUCCAUGGAUGUGAGCCAACCUUACGGCAUGAUCUAUGGCGAGGGAUGCCCGCUAGGUCGCAGCUACUUCAUCUCAUCCACGGAGCAGCGCGGCCGGUUCUUGGGGAUUUCAGAUUUGAGUUCUCAGCCCAAGCUUGGUAUCCCCGCUAUGAACACGAUCCCCCAUGCCGUCUGCUCAGUGUGGAUUGCCAAAUCGGCUUCGAUCCUCAAGACGACUGGAGGUCUUAUUGCCAUGAUGUCAGGUUCUUCUGCCGGAGUACUCACAUCGUACGCGCUGGGCCCUCAUCCAACAUACGAGAGGCGGUACGAGAUAGGGCAGGUAACUGCUAGAUGGGUACUGUGCCCAGGUGUACCUAUCAUCGCAAUUGCUGUCGAUGAUAGUUACUCCCCGAGACGUCACUCCCGCCGGCGGAUCUGGGCUGUUGCUCUGAACGCGCUUGGUGAAAUCUAUUAUCUCACUGACAUUCCACGGCAACAAGAUAUCCCGGCAACGACUAAAUUGAACGCCGAAGAGCUUGACGAACUCGCCUGGAAGACUGGUCGUACGGUGCGCUGGGAACUUGUUGAAGAGAGUCGGCGCACCGCUCGUCCAGACCCUUUUAACCGGGAGCUCGUCGAUGGGAGCUACACUCCGCGAUCUUCGUCGAAUUCCAUGCAUCUCGAUGAGCAUCAAAUUGCCGCAGAAACCAAGGAAAUUGAAAAUUUCAUGUCCUUCAGACCGAAGCAUUUCCGUAAGGUUUGCGAAGGCUGGAAUAUGCGGCGUGACCUGCAAGUUGAUUUUGCUGGUGAUGAUGGAUGUGGAUCUGGAGAGUCGGUGAUUGUUGUCGCCCGAGGCACCGAUGAAACCGAGAAAGCAUCCGUUCGAAGAUAUGUUCGAGCUCCGUCCAAAUUUGCCUUGAAAUCAUCACCAGGAACGCCAGGUCAGGAGCAGCCUCGCUCUCUCUUUGGUGGGCCAGUUGGUGCUUCAACUCCGACAAGCGCUCCAGCCUCUCGAUCGUCGGGUUGCCUGAACGAUGUGUCUGGAAAGACUGAUUGGAGAAUCUCGAAUUUUGUGUUUGAUGAUCGCAAGUCUAUUGAGGUGACCACUACCGCGUUGGAUAGCUCUCUGUUUGCGACCAUAACCGCCGAUGAAGAUCCUUUGCUAGCCAUGUCCGGGAGCUCAUUUUCAUCCGCAACAUCCUCGCCCAUGUUGCCACAUAUGGAUCAACCGCGGACAAGCCUCGAGGUUCCUGGACAGAGGGCAAGAUACCUAGCUGUGGGAACAGCGACCGGCACGGUGUAUGUCUGGAAUAUUCGCGCAUUGCCAGCGAAUAACCCAGGUGUCAUAAACUCCGUUUCUCCACUCAGAAUUAUCCAGACCGACUCGCCUCAAAUCUCUUGCGUGGCACUGACAUCGUUAUACUUGGUUCACGGUGGCAAUGACGGCCUCGUUCAGGCUUGGGAUCCCUUGGCUUCUUCCACGCGCCCAAUUCGUACGAUCAACUCUCGUUUUUCAUCUCGGGCUCGCCGCCGACUGGUUCAGGCGGAAGCCACAACGCUCGGCGUAGGGAAUAACUUCUUCGCUACGGGUGCCAUCUGUUUGGACCCCGACCCAACGGUCCUCCGAGGUAUGGUAUCCCUUGGUACCCAUCUUCGAUACUGGUCGUACAGUUCAUCUAGUGCCGAUCAGUAUAAGGGCACCAAGCGCCAGCUUCGGCGCGGUCUUCGCGGUAGCAACGGGGCCGGUAGUGGGCAACGUUUCACUCCCAGUGGAAGGGGAGCAAUCUAUGACUUUAUUGAAGACGAACAAAUGGAAAUCAAGCGACAGGAAAUUGAAGAUGCCAAGGAACGAGCCCAUCUCAGUGCACGUUUCGGAAUCGAUCUCCUCGGGCCCGACAUUGAUGAAGAGCAACUUCUCCUCUACGCUCAACUUUUGAGCCAGGAAACUCACAGUGGAGCCGAUACGCAAAAGCGCGACGAGACCGCUAUUGCAAGCUCUGUAGGUACUUCUAUUAGUGAUCCAACCGGACCUAAUUCCUGUGCUUUCGACGUGUCGUCUUCUUCAUCACCAUAUCAAGAUCCCGCAGACGAUAUCGAUGAUGAUUUGGCUGAAGCUAUUCGUUUGAGUCUUCUCGAUGAAACGGCUACUACUACACCUCCGAUUGACCUUACGCCGUCUAUCCCGAUUAAAUACGCUAAGGGCGUAAGGCGACGCUCUUUCUCCCCGUCUUCGCCGAUGGCGGGUCCCGAGAGUAGUCAGCAGAAAGAGAUGGAUGAUCUUGAGUUUGCAAUUCAACUCAGCUUGGCUGAGGAUCAAAGUCGCGAUGCGCAAGAGUGGGAGGAAUUCCCUGCUCUUGCUUCGGGGCACAUGCCCUCUUCCCAAUCUUCUGGCAAGGGAAAGGGCAAAGCGAGGGCGAUUUAA